AUGGCAGACCAGCUUUAUCUAGAAAAUAUGGGCAAGUUUGUUACGGACCAGAACAAGACCGUGACCUACAAAUGGCUGAGCUAUACAUUAGGGGUUCGUGUUAACCAGGCCAAACAGAUGCUGUAUAAUUAUGUUAAAAGGAAACAGAAGGAAAAUUCAGGAACUCAACUGCAUGUCACCUAUUUGGUGUCUGGCAGUUUCAUUCAAAAUGGACAUUCUUGCCACAAGGUUGCAGUAGUAAGAGAAGAUAAAUUAGAAGCAGUGAAGUCCAAGCUAGCUGUGACUGCCAGCAUCCAUGUAUACAGCAUCCAGAAAGCUAUGCUAAAGGACAGUGGGCCUCUGUUCAAUACCAACUAUGACACCCUUAAAAGCAACUUGCAGAACUGUGGUAAGUUUAGUGCCAUAUAGUGUGCAGCUACAGCCUGCAGAAUCCCUACAGAAUCCACAUCUUCCAGAAAGUUUGAGCAGUCAAAUUUUCAGGCAUCAAAUGAGACACAAGGCAAUAAUGUGCUAAUCACCACCAAUGGUCAUGGCCCACCUCCCUCCAAACAGAUUUGCCAGCAUCCCAAAGGAAUUAUGAGAAUGUUUGCUUCUAAAGCUGCUACUGAAACCCAAGAUACCAACAAGGAAACCAACACAGAGGCUAAAGAAGUAACAAAUGUAUCUUUGACUGGCAGCAAAGCCUCCAGAAAAGUGAAUAUGAUCAAUUUUUCUGGGAAAUCUGCUAUGAGAAUUGAACCUCAGAACCUUGUGCUUACCAGCCAGCUCCAAGCAAUUGGGCCUGCCUGCCUGCACCCUGAACUCUGGAGACUGGACGGCCUGGUGUGA